AUGAGUGACUUCGCCGGCCUGGCACAAGAUGCCACGCAAUGGUCAACCGGAGAGUUGUUGGCCGAGCUCCAACGCCGACAAAAUGCAACCGGCCGACCGAAAUGUGGUGGAAAGGGUCAGGGUUGGUAUGACAUGGCCGCCCACGUCUUUGCCCUGUUUCUGAUUCUAGCCUUGAGCACGCUGGCCUGCGGCUUUCCCCUGAUCGGGCGACGCGCGACGACCGGACGAUCCCAGGGCCGCCUCAUCUUUUACUGCCAGCACAUUGGCACUGGCGUAUUGCUCGCGACAGCCUUUGUCCACCUCCUCCCUACGGCCUUUGAGUCGCUGACCGACCCAUGCCUCCCCGAGUUUUUUAACAAGGGCUACACGCCUCUUCCUGGCCUGAUCGGCAUGGUGUCCGCCAUCAUCGUCGUUGGCGUUGAGUCGUACCUGACUGCCCGCGGCGCCGGCCACUCGCACUCGCACAGCCACGCUGCCUGGGAGGAGCUCGACUCCGAAGGCGACGAAUUUGACGACGGCCACCGCCUGAACGGUCUCGCCGACCGACGCAGCCAGCGCCCCGACAACCUCAUUGUGAGAAGCCCGGACGCUGAGGCUGCCGAGGGCUUGGUUGCUGGCGCCUCGCCGCUCCCAGGAUCGACACCGACUACAAACCAGCCGAGGAAGCCGUCUCUCGAUAAUGCGUUUGCGGACGGCGACUCGGACCUCGACCUUGACAUGGAUGAGCUGGAUCCCGUACCCAACGGCGCAAAUGGCAAUGGAAGCGGCCAUUACGCAACGCUGAAGCGCGGCGGUCACCGCAUGCGAGCAGACUCGAGCGGCCUGCCUCCUCAAACACCGGAGCAGCAGAAACGACAAAUGCUGCAGUGCUUGCUGCUGGAGGCUGGUAUUCUGUUCCACAGCGUCUUUAUUGGCAUGGCGCUGUCGGUCGCUACCGGCCCCGCGUUUGUAGUCUUCCUCGUCGCCAUCAGCUUCCACCAGUCCUUUGAGGGUCUGGCACUUGGCAGCCGCAUCGCCGCGAUUCAAUUUCCGCGCAGCUCUCCGCGCCCGUGGCUCAUGGUCCUCGCCUACGGCAUUACGACCCCCAUCGGCCAGGCCAUCGGCCUGUUCGUGCACCGCAUCUACGACCCUGCCUCGAUGGGCGGCCUGAUUACCGUGGGCGUCAUGAAUGCCAUUUCUGCCGGCCUCCUGCUCUACGCCGGCCUGGUACAGCUGCUCGCAGAGGACUUUCUCUCAGAAAAGAGUUUCAAGUUGCUUAAAGGGCGAAAGAGACUGCAUGCCUAUCUCUGUGUUGUUGCUGGAGCUACAUUGAUGGCGCUCGUAGGGGCCUUUGCGUAA